GUUUUCCCACGGAAGUAUCCUCCCAUUUUCCAUAGGUUUCGCAAGGUUUGCAUUGACGGUAGUGUGCGUUUCUCUGUUGGAAGUAUUUAGUCGUUUUGGCAUGAAAUUCGUGUACAGCAGUAUUUGAAUUUGUGGAGGCAUGUCCAAGAAAAGGGGCAGAAAGCGGAGUAGCGGGGAGCUGAGUGACACCACAGUGAUGAACCCUGACCCCAACAGUCUCCUGGGAGUGAGAAUACAACACACCUGGAGGGAGAAGGGCAACCAGAGCAAAUGGAAAGGCACCGUCCUGGACCGUCUCAAUGUCAACCCCUCACUAUUCAUGGUCAAGUACGACGGGUUUGACUGUGUCUACGGCAUCGAGCUAUUCAAGGACGAAAGGGUGUCUAAUCUACAGGUUCUCACAGAUAAACUUGUCAACAACAAGAUCAAGGUUCCUCACGGGGCAGAGGAUUUGGUAGGCAAAGCGGUGGAGCACCUUUUUGAGAAGGAGGAUGGAGAGAAGAACGAGUGGCGAGGCAUGGUCCUCUCCAGGGCUCCCAUUAUGACUAACUGGUAUUACAUCACCUAUGAGAAGGACCCAGUGCUAUACAUGUACCAGCUGUGGGACGACUAUGCCGAGGGAGAUCUCAGGAUCUUACCUGAAGCAGAAAAUAAGCACUUGCUUCCGGCCGACCGAAAGCCAGGCGAGGACACUGAGAGUCUUGUGGGUAAGCAGGUGGAGUAUGUUACUGACAAAGGUGUGAAGCGAACAGGCCUAGUGAUCUACCAAGUCCCUGCCAAGCCCUCUGUAUACUACAUCAAAUACGACGAUGACUUUCACAUCCAUGUCUACGACCUGGUCAAGACCACAUAGGACACUUGUUUACUCACUCCAUCGCUUACUUUUCACUUAUCCUGCUCUCUCUAUCUCUCCAACUGCCUAAAGGCCCUGGAGGGUUUAACAGUUAUGCUUUGUCAUUCAGGAAGUGCAAUCUAUUAGUCCACAUUGAAUCUAGUUCUAUGAUAUGCAGGGCAGAACUGUAGCAAUGAUAUUGUAGGCCAUUAGGAGGAGGGUGGGAACGUGUACACUUGGAAGGACCUUUUUACCCCAUUUCCUGGUUGUGCUCCACCGUAGACUCACAUCUUGGACAGUCCAGGAGUGCACCUUGCCCUAUGACAGAUUCACAUCUUGGACAGUCCAGGAGUGCACCUUGCCCUAUGACACACUCACAUCUUGGACAGUCCAGGAGUGCACCUUGCCCUAUGACAGAUUCACAUCUUGGACAGUCCAGGAGUGCACCUUGCCCUAUGACAGACUCACAUCUUGGACAGUCCAGGAGUGUACCUUUCCCUGUGACAGACUCACAUCUUGGACAGUCCAGGAGUGCACCUUGCCCUAUGACAGAUUCACAUCUUGGACAGUCCAGGAGUGCACCUUGCCCUAUGACAGACUCACAUCUUGGACAGUCCAGGAGUGCACCUUGCCCUAUGACAGACUCACAUCUUGGACAGUCCAGGAGUGCACCUGGCCCUAUGACAGACGUACAGUAUAGUGCAAGAAUGACCACAUUUCAAUUGUUUCCCACAUCCUGAUGCUUAAUUCAAAGCAGAACUGAAUUAUAUAUUAUAAAACUAAAAGCUGGCCCAAGUAAUAAUAAUAAUAAUAAUAAUAAUAUAUGCCAUUUAGCAGACGCUUUUAUCCAAAGCGACUUACAGUCAGGUGUGCAUACAUUCUACGUAUGGGUGGUCCCGGGGAUCGAACCCACUACCCUGGCGUUACAAGCGCCAUGCUCUACCAACUGAGCUACACAGGACCACCAUCAUAUUUGGUCCUUGAAUGGCCAAACAGCGAGCAUGAUGUAUAAGUGAAUCUUUGUAGAGACUAGUUUGAGCUGUUUUGUUCAGUGAAGUGUUAGCUCUGAAAGUGAAAUGCAGUAAGCUGUGAUGCCCCUGAAAGCAUCAAUACAUUAUUUUGUUGUCUUUAUCAAUAGGCAACUAACUUUGUUUGCUUUGUCAGUCAGUUCAUAGACAAUCAUUCCUUGAUAAACCCACAGUGCUAUCAUUGGAUUCAUAGCACUGGGUUGCACUGGCCUAGGAGUAGUGUAUAGCAGUGUCUCCCAACUCCAGUCCCCGAGUACCCCGAACAGCACACCAUUUUGUUGUUGGCCCGAACAACCUCACCUGAUUCAACUCAUUGAGGGCUUGACGCUUAGUUAACCAUUGGAAUCUGUGUGCUUAUCCAGGGCUACAACAAAAAUGUUUGCUGUUGGGGUUAUUGGACAACUGGAGUUGAGAAGCACUGCUGUGUGGUGAUGGUUCAAACACUAUUUUGACCUGCCUAAUAUAACAUUCAUAAUGCUGAAUCAAGACUUGUUAGAAACAAGGAAUACAGGUCUUCAUAAAGUUAUGGCCAGGAUUUCGUCUUGACCACACAACCUGAUGACUUGUCCAGAUCAGGAAAACUCCUGGCCCUGACGAUACCUGACAUGUUCAAAACAUCAUCAGACUGUAUGAUAAGCUUGAGGAGUAGAAUAGAGGCAGGACUUUACACUACAUUCUGAUCUUCAGUAGAAAACAAACAAGCAUCAUAAAGUGCCUUCAGGCUGAUCAUGUUGCCAUACUCUAUAUAUUUGCUAACCUCUCACAAUUUUAUUCUGUUUAAUGUUAAAGCCACUAUUUGGUCAGUAUUAGUAAAAGUAAAAAAUGCUCGAAAGAAACAAACGUGAGUGACAAGGUUGUUGCUAUUGUCGGUUUGUAUUAGAGAAUAUGUGCAAUGUUGGCAGUUACUGCAGUAUACAAUAAUUUCCCCCAAUAUAACAUCCAUGACCAACAACAAGUGGUAUACUGUAGCAAUGGUAAGCCAUAAUGGUAAAACGCAUGGAGAAAAUAAAACAUUUAUAACACGUUAUACAGUAUUUAAUCUGUAACUUUAGAUUGUGUUGUAAAUGUAUGCUGUUGUGAUUACUUCCUUUAUAUUGUAAAUAUCCCAUUGAAACACCAGCUUUAAAACUCAUCUACAAAUCUCACCUAGAGAAAUGCAGAAAAGACAGCUUCCAAAAGAUCCUUAGGCCUUUUCACUUUUUAAUCUUAUUUUAAAGAUUUGAGAGCUACACUCCGUAAUGUAAUCCCAGUAAGUCCAAAACUCAAAUGGACUGGCUAGGAGAAUUCAGAUUUACAGUCUCCUGUCCUACUCACCACUCCAGGGUAUCCAGUCUAUCUUUUUACACAGUACAUUGGUCCAUGGUGCAUAGGGGUAAUUGUACUUAGGCUGUGUUUAGACAGGUAGCCCAAUUCUGAUCUUGUUUUUCACAAAUUGGUCUUUUGACUAAUCAGAUGAUCUCUGAAAAAGAUCUGAAGUGAAAAGUCCAAUUAGCAGGGACAAAAUACUGAAUUGGGCUGCCAGUAUAAAUGUAGCCUUUUAUUGUCAGAUUUGCAUGCAUAACUUGAAUGCAACCAAGCAUAUUGGUUAUGACAGUUGCAGAGGUAUAAUGUGAUAUAUCUGGAAGAUAAUUUUGUGGCAGUCUUUGCAGUCCAAUUUUAGUAAAAUGUUUAGCUAGAAAAUGUGACUGUAAAAAAACUAAAUUGUCAGGGCUUAUCUAUAGACGGGUUAGCUGACGUCACGAAAACGAUGUGCACGCUUCCAUGGGGCAGAAGACAGUGUGUUGUGAUUCUGGAUGGUCAGAUAGCUAGCAACAAUGACAAGAACAUGCCACGUUUGGAAUCCGUAGGUGGCUCGUUUUAUCUAGUUCUUGAUACCAUGUCUUGUUUUGAGGCGUUUUGACUGAUUUCACAUCUAUGCUAAUAUUCUGUAACGUUAUAUUUGAGGGACAUGUGUAUGGGGUCAAUUUCACACCAUAUGUGAAUAAAAAAAAUAAUAAAAAAACGUGAACAUGAAAAAUAAAGUUGAGAAUGUUAACAUAUUUUUGAGAACGGGUGAAAUAAUAGAUGUUGAUCAAAAACCAAACAGUUGAAAGCAAAAUGUAUAGAGUUGUAAACAAAAAUAAUACAUCAAAAACUUUAAAGCAAAUCAUUUUAAAGCGAGAGCAAAAACUCCAAGACAAAUUAUAUAUUUUUUUUACUUGAAAACUAAUGCAAAAAUCGUUUUCGGUUAAAUGUUCGAUCAAUCCCGUUGAAUACAUUUUGCCUAAGCUCUUGCCUGCAUGUGCUACCUUUUUGUUGCACAAAUCGUAUCUUUUCUUUCGAUGUCCGUUUCUUUUGCUUUCACUACCAGUCUUUUCGAUUGCAAUUUUUGGCAUUAUUUUUCAGUGAAGGGCAGGGUUUAGAGGGAUGCGUAGACAAUGAGUCUCCAUUGGUUCACUAGUUUUGGAGUGACGGUUCGUCUUAACCCAAUCAAUGAACACCUCCCUCUAAACCCCGCCCUUCACGGAAAAAUAAUUUCAAAACUCGCAAUCGAAAAGACUAGCAGUGAAAGCAAAGAAACAGCCAACAAAAGCAAAGAUACGAGUAGUGUAACCAACAGGUAGUACAUGCAGGCAAGAGCCUAGGCUAAAUGUAUUCAACAGGAUUAGUUGCUAGGAAAGUUGAACUGAAAACGAUUUUUGCAUUAGUUUUCAAAUGUAUAUAUUUUUUACCAUUUGUCAUAGAGUUAUCCUCUCGCUUUAAAAUCAUUUGCUUCCAAGUUUUUGGGUUUUGCUUCUGAUGUCUUAUUUUUGUUUACAAUUAUAUACAUUUUGCUUUCAAUUGUUUGGUUUUUGAUUUCAACAUCCAUUAUUUCACCCAUCCUCAAAAACAUGUUUACAUUCUCAACUUUAUUUUUCAUGUUCACGGUAUAUUUGAUUUUGAAUUCAAUACAUAUGGCGUGAAAUUGACCCCACACAAGUGCUCAUUGUUCACAUUUGUUUUCAGUAAACAUUGGAAACAAAAUAUAGUUUGUCAAAAAUCUAAGCCAACCGUGUAUGUUUUGCCCCAUAGUUGCGUACGUGUCGGUUUUGUUGCUAAACAACCAACCUCUCAAUGCUACUUGUAUCACCACCAUUUGUGUUGUGGUGUUUCUAUGUACAGUAAAAUGAAACUCCAAAAGAUUGUGUGUACUCUUCUGUUAUUGUGCAUUUCUUUUUUUACUCCUCCCAGGUCUGGAGUUGUAGCAAUCAACAACACAUUUGUGUAAUUGUUACGUCAUGAGUAAUAAAUGUUUUUUUUGUGUG